UUUUUGUUUCGUGGCCAUUGUUCACAAUUGCUCAGCAGUUGCUUAUUAGCGUUAUUAUUUUGCUCUCAGAAAACGUUAUUUCAGUUACUGCUAGCCGUUGUGAGUGGAAACAUAUCAAGCAAUUUUUCUGACAAAAUUUGGCGGCAUGUUCCUGAUCUUCUCUUUCCUCGCCAUGACUGGGCAGAAUGGACUCGUCGAUUAAUGCCCCUAAUGAUCAAUCACUUCACUUCCAUCCGAUGUAUGAAUGUUGUUGAAGCGAAUACUUGCCGCCGUGAUCCACUUGAGCAGGGCGACUUCUUUGAUCAUAUUCUCUCGAAGAGGUCUGGAAAACUUGAGAAACGUCGGUCUACUGCCAACGCAAUGCGUGAAACAAUAGCUUACAUGGUAGAAGGACGGUUUCAAUUGAAUGAUCUCGUCACCGCAGUGGCUCACGCGACGUACGUGAAGGUGGGGAAGGCAUAUAUAGAACACGUGCUCGAACGUACUGGUGGUUUGACCAUUGAACAAAUGGAAGAGAUAUACGAAGUUUUGUGGACAUGGUUGAGCACAAUUCCUCUGCCAGAUAAGGGCGAUCUGAAUACAAUACAAGACCUUGGCAGAAAUUUCCUCAUGAAGGCCAUCAUUGACCGUCUGACGGAUUCGAUUUACGAGAUGGCUGUGGUGAACUUUCCAAAAUCCUAUCCAACCCUUUCAACUCUUCGGAAGUGCAUGAUCAGCGUGCAAGAGUAUGGUAGAGAAAAAUUGGUUAACACACUGAUUGAUGACGUUGAGUCACAGCUUCUCCAUAUUGCUGUUGACACACCGGCUAUUCUCAACGGUUACUCACUCUGUGUUGAAUCGCUUCGUGAGUUGGAUCCGUCGUGUGUUAUCAUGCAUCGCGUGUGUAAAGUAAUCAAAGAAUACUUGAAAAGGCGACCAGAUACCGUUCGUCAAAUUAUCAACUAUAUAACCUCUGAGAAGCGCGACGACCUCGCAGCACACUUGGCCAACAGAUGUGGUACAAUCGUAGAUGAAGAUGAACUCAAUGAUGCUAAUGACGAUUUCCUUCCUGAAGCUAUGAAUUUAUCGCAGUGGCGGCACUGGAUGCCUGAUCCGAUAGAUGUGAGCCCUGGGGAGAGCGGUCGAUUCCGUCAAGCUGCUGAUGUCUUUAAUAUGCUUGUCUCAGUCUACGGUAGCAAGGAAAUGUUUGUCAAGGAGUACCGUCAAUUGCUGGCAGAACGGCUUACAAGCAGUAACACCAAAGACCCGAUCUUUGAGCGACGAUAUUUGGACUUGCUAAAGCUUCGAUUCAACGAAGGUGAGCUCCAACAGUGUGAAGUAAUGCUCAAAGAUAUUAGAGAUAGUCAACGAAUUGACAGAACUGCCCUAGGAAGAAAGGAGUUUCCUCCAGCACUAGAAGAAGCUCUAGUGGAAUACGAGAAGUCGUUCAUGGAUCACAAAGAGUCACGUCGUCUGCAGUGGCUACGGGCAGUUGGGUGUGUGGAGGUCACAUUAAAGCUGGGAGACGUGGAGGUGGAUAAGGUGGUACCAAAUCCAAUCGCAGCCGUCCUCUACUUGUAUUUAGAGAAAGGCAAGAUACCGAUCGUCUGCACUGGUUUGCUUCUAAAGUUUCACCCAAACCGUGUAUUUUCAGAAAGCUGGACUGUAUCUGAGGUGACGGAGCGGCUUUCAAUAUCCAAAGGAGUUGCUCGACGACGUCUUGAGUGGUGGCGCUCUCAAGGUCUUUUGGCACAGAGUCUACCAGCGGGUGCUACUGCAGAGGAGUGGUCUCUAGUGACAAAUCCCAACCUAUUGGCUACGUCUCGAGGUGCCGCGGACGACGAAUCAGAUGAGGAUGAAGGAGCAAUAGAAGAGACGUCUGAUGCAAUAGAUGCAUUGGAACAGUAUUGGAGCUACACGAAGAACUUUAUUGUGAGCUUCCUGGAAUUCUCGCAUUAUGCACAGUUUCAUCUUAGGCCUUCUAUAAUUGCU